AUGACCACGAAGGAGGACGACGGCAAGAAGGAGGACCAGGGUGAGACGCUGUUGCUGCACCUGACCAAGGAGGCGGCGACGGCGACUGGGCACCUACGUCCAGGGAGCGUGCAGUUCGCCGGCGGGCUGCGGGUAGUGGUCAUGGCCCUGGACACGCUGGCCUUCCCAGAGGCGGACGCCGAGACGUUCCAGCAUCUCGAGAAGAUUGUGUUCGCGGCGCCGAGGUCGCGGGGCGAGACACACAUGACAUUCACGAACAGGAUCCGCUCAGAACAGAAGGAAUUGGUCAGACUGCUGCCGAACGCGCCCACCGAGACGGCCAUGGGUUUCUUACUGCUCCGCGGAGCAGGUUUGGCCAAGACAAUGCGCAACCAGGUGCCCAUACAGACGGGCUGCGACUAUGACGUGAACAAGCUGGUCGUGAUCCUGAAGCGCAUGACUGAUGACAACACGGUCACCGAGAAAACGAUCUCGACCAGGACGGGCUCCUACUUGGCAGGAUUGAAAGAGGAGGAGCCGCAGAAUGGCAAAGAGGACGAGGACGAGGACAACCCCAUCUAUGACGCGAUGGCCAAUUUGCGGGGCAUAGAUGAUGGCAACCAGGAGCCAGACGACAAGUUCGAGAACGGACAGACCCUGAAGGAGACGGAGGCGCUGGAUUGUUUGGCGGCGCUACUUGGGCCGCCACCGAAGCCCAGGAUGUGGGGGGGACCACGAACGAUCGUGGCCGACGAGAAGACGAACCGAGGGUUCCACAACAUCAAGGACCGCAAGAGGACCGAGGAGAACAUCGAGGACAUCAAGAAAAGGACGAAGUGCGGCAUCUGUAAGGAGCUGGGGCACUGGCACAAUGAGUGCUCCGACAACCCGAAGAACGAGAACAAACCGACAGGGGGCUUCUACGCGGUGACCGUACUCCAGGACGACGAAGCGCGCAGCUACGUGGCGACGGAGGCGAAUAUGGCCACACUAUUAAACAUGGUGGAGCACAUCCCGCUGGCGAUCGACAUUGAGAAGUCAGGAGGACCAGGCUGGGGGGCCGUCGGCACGGCGUGCGGUUUCAACAUGAUGGGCCUGGAGACAUUCGAUGAUUGGAUUAAGCACUACAAGGGGGCCCACAACAUCACGCUGGAGACGGUGCCCUAUCACAAGAAGUGCAGGCUUGGAAACGACCAGGUCAGUACGGCGACCGAGGGGUUCAGCGACGUCAUCUUCGCGUGCCUGGUCCAGGGCGCGGCGCCGCUGCUCCUCUCCAAGAAUUUCGUCGGGGAACGGAAGGCGUCACUGCGUGCGUUCCAGUCGGAGUUGGACUUGCCCGAGCAAAGGGGGCACUACCUGCUGCAGCUGGGCAGCUUCGCGCAGCCGUGGGAGGAGCCUGCGAGCUGGACUCUGUGCUCGAGGGAGGUUCCGAUGGACUUCGGAACGGGCUCGGAGCGCAUCCAUCCAUCAACGUCGACCCAUGCAGACCUCGAGAGGCUCCAGGAGGCCGAAGGCCAGGCGGAGACCGAGAGGGCCGAGGCUAACCCUGUUUCGAGCAAGAGGGGGCCGAAGGUGAAGCACAACUCAGGGAGCAAGAAGAUCUGCAAGUGGCCCUGGCACGGGAUCGGCACCCAGCCCAGGCCACCGACGUGGGCCCAGAUUUGCAGGUUCCUGGGCAUUCCCAACCAGGGCCCCUGUCCACCGAAGAGCGGUCUGAAGCUGGCUCGAGAUCACGAUCCAGCUCGAGAGACAGCCUGCAUUCACGAGUUCACCAACCACGGCGGCGACGGUCGGGCGGUUUGGGCGCGCUGCUGCGGGGGCAACCUACAUCUGGAAUGCCACCCGCAGCCGGCUCGAGGAAUGCCGAAGGUCAUCAACAUGCUCAAUGACAUCAAGGACGAGGGGGCGAGGAUCAAGGGCUGGCGGCCCAGGGCGACCAGGGCAAGCAACAAGAAGGGGGACACAGCAACGAAGUCACCAGAGAGCAGCGAGGCAGCGUUGACCAGUCCGAGGACCGCUGCGAGGACUGACCCGAAGCAACAAGCCAUCCCGCGUCAGCAGAUGGACGAGCUGGAAGAGACCGAGGAGUGGGAACAGCUAGACGAGUCACCUCGGAGCAAGGCUUUGACAAAGCUGCGCGAGUUAAUCCAGAACGAGAAUGCCAACGAGACGACCAACCCGCUGGUGGAUAAUCUACGCGACCACCUCGGAGCCGACAUCGGCGACCUCCAGGACCCGCUGGUCAAGAAGCUCAAGCGCCUGCCCUACAUAGAGGGGGGCGGUGCCCUUCGGAAAGGACGCAGCUACUUCUCGAUUCUACCGAAGGAGGCCAUGAAGUACGCGAAGCUGCUGAGUCAGGAGGUGGCGGGAGCGCUUGCUCGCACGGUGGCGAAGCCGAAGGCGACGCAGGACCUGGGCGAGAAGAACACGGAGGAUAACAAUAAUACCGAAAUCGUCUGCACACAAUGCUGCGCGGCACCAACAACUAUUGCAGCGGUUUCAAAGGGCGAGAAGAGCACUGACACACACGGCAAGCGGCAGGUCCAGAAGAUUCACGAGAACAUGGGCCACUGCAGCAACGAGGAUUUGGUUAUGGUCCGGAAGUGCGGCCAGGCAAGACAUGCGUACAUUGAUGCUGCUCAGAAGCUGGAGUGUCCGAGCUGCGUGGCCAACAAGAGGACGAAGCUUGCGAAGCCCUCCAAGGCACCGACGGCCUACCAGUUCAACGAUGUGAUCGGCAUGGGCAUCUUCUUUGUGAUGGGACCUGAGAAUACCGCCAAGGUACCAGUGACGAACGUCGUCUCUCACGGAACAGGACAUCAAGUGGUGAUACCUCUACCCAGUCGACAUGGACUUCAAAUGCGACGUCACUACAGAGCCCUCUGGAGGAGGGUCUACGGGGUAUCUCGCAUGAUCAUCACCGAUGGCGAGAAGGGCUUCUUUUCGGGCGAGUUUCCAGAAGCAGCCGCAGGAGAUGGUUCCGAGAUCAAGGUGGCGAGUGCGACGUUCUACAGGACGAGGCAGGCGUUCAACGCCAACAACUGGGCGGACUUCUAUGAACUGGUGGAUGCGGUCAAUGCGGCGACCGGCGAGGGCGUUCGCAGUGGAGCAUCGCGGCAACCGCCCAUCGCGGAGACCGAGGAGACCGCCGACGUCAAUCCAGACUUGAUUCCAAUUGGCCUUAAGUAUUAUGACCACUUGGACGACGCCCGCUUUACCAUCAGGCAGAAGGCCGACAACCCAAGCUCAGCCAUGCCAGUGAGCGAGCGGAUCGCAACCAGCGAGGAGAGGAUUGCCGAGGACGCGGCGGCGCCACCACACAAGAAGGUCAAGAAGGCGAAGGUACCAGCCAUGAAGCUUGCCACGCCCACCAGCACCAAUCCAAGACUCCCCAAGGAGAUCACAGAGAAAUCUCUUCUCAACACCUACAAGCACCAGCCCUACAUCGUGGCCAAACGCAGGGAGUGGAUCAUGGGAUCACGAUGGGCGCUCGCCGAUAAGGGCGGCAAUCCAGACGAGGCCGAUGCGAGCAAGCGGCAAUUGAUGCUCAUGAACGGCGGUGCCUGGAGGAUGGCGAAGGCACGCUGGGUUGUUCAGGGGCGCGUCGGUCCUGAUUUACUCGGGCUCGAGAAAUACAGCCCCGUCGUUGGGGCGGACUCUGUGUUUCUUUUGAUAUUGCAGAUCCUCUGCUCAAACAAGUGGACCUUGCAGCGCGCCCACAUCGCCUCUGCCUUUGCUGCUGGAAACCCUCUUGAUCCUUCACGGCGAAGUCUCUACGUGGAGUUACCUCGCACUGGGGCCCCAGAUGUGGGGAGCGGCUCGCUGGUGGAGCUCCUCAUGGCAGUCUAUGGACAAGGCGAUGCACCAUUACAAUGGUUGUCUGCAUUCGCCAAAUGCGCCAAGGAGAUCGGCUUCCAGCGCCCCACCUUCGACAGCUGCGUUUGCUACCUGAGGGGCGAGAAAGGGGCGGCAUGGCGUCGCGGGCCUCGCCGAGGAAAGCUGCCCAACCUGGUGGUGGAUGACCUGCUGGAGGCGAAUCGCAUCGGCAGGAUGCCCAAGGAGUUCAGCUCAGUAGUUCCCAAGAUCAAUCACAUCCCGUUUCACGACAUGGCAGCGUGGGCCAAUGCACGAGAUGGAGCUUCACAGGCAGGUUACAUCGCGUUCGCUACACAGCGCAAGAUCUUCAAGGGUGAGCCCGCCAUCACGCUGGCGAUCUCGAUCUCGGAGGGCAUCGCCAUUGCAGAAUUUACUCGCACCAUGCUGCUAGAGAUCGUGGACAACGGGUUCGACCUGAUGAGGCCCUACAUGUUGGCGUCCAUGUUUCCAUUCAUCAGCGUCACCGACUCCAAAGGUGGCCGCGAUCACGUGACCAAUCCCAAGGCGGGCUUGGCCGAGGACAAGCGAGCGGCGAUCGACGUCGCCAUCGUUCGAGCAGCCAUGCAACGACCAGAAGUACACCUACGAUGGAUCGAGGGGGCCGCCCAGAUCCGGGCGGUCUUCCUCCGCCACGACCCAGGGCGCACGGGCAGGAUAGAUCGGAGCAAGGUCGAGGCGGUCUUCCAGAAGCUGGAGGCCACACCCGUCGGCCGCUUGUUCACGCAGCACCCCGAAGCGCUCGACGACUUCAGCAGGUCGGGUGCCCUCGAGUACGAGAGGUUCCUGGCCUGGCUCUGCGACGACCCUGGAGAGUUGGGCGGCGGGGAGCAGGAGCCGGAGGCCAGCGACGGCAGCCGGCCCGAGUCGGAGGCGAGCUAUGCGUUCGACGGUUGCGAUUACGACAACGCCACGUACCUCAGCCCGCCUGGCACCCAGGAGGCGAAACCCAACAGCCCGCCCGAGCUCCCUGACAAACCCGCGGACUCGCGGUCCCCGCCGAGCUCCACCGCCGGCAGCGCCGCGGGCGACGCGGGCGGCGUCAGCGGUUCGUCAGUGUCUGCCGGCGGGUGCGCCGAGACCAGGCUGUCGGCAUUUGGCCUGCUCGCGGAGGCGAAGGGCGGCGUCGUCGCGAUGGGGGGCGAAGGGUUUCAGGCCCUUUACGAGGACGGCGCCUCGGAGGGCGCGGGCGCGGGCGCGGGUGGGGCGCCGAGCACCGUGCCGGUCGGCACCGGCAGCACCGACGGCGCGUACACCUCGGUGGUGGCCAUGGACCGCGGCGCCACGAUGGAGGAGGGGUACCCCAGGAAGUCGCAGCAGCAGCUGGUUGAGCGCACGGGGUCUGGAGCGACGCGGACCGCCCCUCGUGGCAAGAUGUCCCCGGAGGAGCACGCGGCCCAGGAGCAGAGGGCCCUCCUGUCCGCCGCGUUCCUGUUGCUGCUCUGGGCGGGGCUCGUCGUGACCCUCGCGCGGACGGCGCGCCACUUCGAGGCGCCCGCUUGCCCCUCGUCCGUCGAGGGCCUCAGCGUCUGCGAGCCGUGCGGGGAGGGGCUCAACCUGCUGCCGGCCUUCGGCGAGUUCGAGCAGUCGUGGCCGCCAGCCCUGCGCGCCCUCCUUUACUUCCUCGGCCUGAUGUGGCUCUUCCAGGGCGUGGGCGAGGUGUGCAACGCGUUCAUGGCGGCGAUCGAGGAGAUCACAAGCUCCGAGAGCGUCAACCUGGUGCCGCUCGAAGAUGGCGGCAACCAGACCUUCAUUGAGCUCAAGGUGAAGGUGUGGAACCCCACGGUCGCAAACCUUACGCUGAUGGCCCUCGGCUCCUCGGCACCCGAGAUCUUGCUCUCGGUUAUCGAGGUGGUCUUCGGCGGUUUCGAGAUCGGCAGGCUGGGCACGUCCACUAUUGUGGGAAGCGCCGCAUUCAACCUCUUUGUCAUCUCUGCUGUCUGCAUCUGCGCACUGGACCCAGGGCAGACACGGAUGAUCGAGCAACCCGCAGUUUUCGCAGUCACGAGUGUGUUCGCUCUUUUCGCGUAUUUCUGGGUGUUGUUCGUGCUGGACAUGUGGACUCCGCAGGAGGUUACCUCGACGGAGGGCCUGUUGACCUUGAUGAUGUUCCCAGCCAUUGUCGUCUGCGCGUACAUUGCUGAUAGGUAUGCCGAUCUUAUUUUUGUUUCGCUUGGUCUUUCUGGCCAGGACGGGCAGCAGCCAGCCAGCAAAUGGGGAGGACGCAGUCUGAGCACCGUCGCUCCGGAGGUGACCAAGAUACGCUCGUGCAGGAGCAUGGAUCUGGGUGUCUGCGACAGCCUGUCCUCAGACGCAGGGAUCCGCAGAGCGCUCAAGGCCGAAGCCAUCGAGCGGUCGAAGACUUUCCCGUUGAGGUUGGACGUUGAUUUGGACGAGCCUCCCCCAAUGCAGGGCACCAAGUCCGAGAAGCGAAAGAUGGCCUGCGGGAAGGUCAACGGGGGAUGGUCCCCAACGGUCAGGGCGCAGCGAAGUGACGCCGAUCCCGACCAGGAGCUCGUGUUCAGCUUCAAGUGUAAGACAGUCACGGUGGACGAGGGUGCCGGGCCUGCCGUGAUCGCAGUCGUAGCGAGCAGGAGGCCGCGCUGCGAGGUGGCGGUGCCGUGGGAGACGAGGGACGGCAGCGCCAGGUCAACCUCGACGUGCGUCGACGAUCCCCGAUACCAAGAUGCCAACGGCGAGCUGGUGUUCGGACCGGCUGCAAAGCUCGAGCAGCGCAUCGAGGUUCAGGUGAUCAACGACGACAAGUGGCAGGCCACAGAGUUUUUCGAGGUGCGGUUGCUGAGGCCGCGAAGCGAGGCCGAGGUGGCGAAGCUGCAGGAUGGCGAGUGCAACGCAAGCUGCAAGGUCAUGAUCCACGACGAUGACCAUCCGGGGCUUCUUUGUUUUGAUUGGCCCAAGGUCUUCGCGAAACGCAGCCAGUUCACCCUCCGUGUCUCGCGCAUGCACGGCGCCAGGGGGGCGAUCAGUUGCAAAGUCAGAGUCAGAGCAGCUGCAAAGUCUGAGUGGCAACGCGAGCAGGAGGUAAAGUUCGAAGACGAGGAGACGUCAUCCGUUGUGAACCUCGUUCUCGAUGGGAAUCAGGGAACGACUUUCACGCUCGAGCUGGUGGACGCUUCCAUCCCAGAGUGCCUCAAGCUGCCUGCUGAGGGGGGCGAG